GGUGCUCCUGCAGUCUGGGGCUGAUUUACACCAGUAAACCUUGCACAAUGCCACCCAUCACCUUCCAGGACCUUCCCCUGAACAUCUACAUGGUCAUUUUCGGCACUGGCAUCUUCGUCUUCAUGCUCAGCCUCAUCUUCUGCUGCUACUUCAUCAGCAAACUGCGGCACCAGGCGCAGAGCGAGCGCUUCGGGUACAAGGAGGUGGUUCUGAAAGGUGAUGCCCGGAGGCUGAACGUGCACGGGCAGACCUGUGCCGUCUGCCUGGAGGAUUUCAGGGUGAAGGAGGAGCUGGGGGUGCUGCCUUGCCAGCAUGCCUUCCACAGAAAGUGCCUGGUGAAGUGGCUGGAGGUUCGCUGUGUGUGCCCCAUGUGCAACAAGCCCAUGGCAGGUCCUGCACAGCCCCGUGCUGGCAUCGGCACAAUCCUGGACGAGCUGGUGUGA